AUGGGCAAACGUUGCUUUCUGGGGGAGAAGCAGCAGGGCAAGGAGCCAAAGAAGCCGCGAAAAUUGCACUGUCAUCUUGGCAGUCAACAGUGCGUCAAUUGCUACUGGAUGAAACAUGGGUCAGCUUUGCAAGCUUCUUGCGUGCUUCCAGAUUCUGAUGUUUCAUGGUUGCAGGCAUACGAAUCCUCGGAUGGCUUGCGGGUAGGCUGCAUAGCGUGCUACAAGUAUUGCAGUGAGGCGGACGCAAAUGAUUUGCCUUCCAUCGCCUCUAGCCCUUUGGCCUGGUUUCCGGUGGCUUCUCUGACAGGCACGUUGAAGAACUUGAAGCGGCAUAGCGCUUGUCCAGGGCACCAGAAAGCGGUGGCUGCUUUCUGGGAUAUUCCUCUGGAAAAACCGGAGAUUCCAGAAGACGCUGCCCCCUCGAAGGAACAGUGGGCAUCCAUAUGGCGUAGUUUCCGGUCCAAGAGAUACAUGGACCAGGAGUCAUCUGAGCUCAUUCUUCGAGAAAAGGGUAGACGCAUGCAAUACUGCCUUGCAGAAGCCCUGAGGGUGCGCCACAGGCAGCUGCUUCGCGAGGCGCAGUGCCUGACAUUGUCACUGGAUGAAGCCAAGACACGGUUGCUGGUUCGCUUUGCAUGUGUUGGAAAGCGCUUGCAGGUACACCGCGGGGUCUUAGGAAUGCACCGCUCAAAGGCUACAGGGCACAAGAGCGUCAUGGAAUCCUUGGACCAUAUUCUACGAAAUUCUUGCACAUACCUCCAUGGACAUCCGCCUCCGACCGGAAAAACGGAGCCCACGUUUCACGAAGACCUGUAUGAGCACCUGCGCAGCAUUACGCGGGUUUGGAAUUCAGAUGCUGGCCCAGAUGAGAUGCUGGCAGCAAAAGAGGUUCAGAAGAUCCCUUUGUCGAAGGAUGAUUUGAGCCCCCUUCUGCCUAACAUUAUUCUGGUCAACCGCGACAAGGCACAUGCAUCGCGGAGAGUGGCUCGACGACCUUGGACGGCAGCAGAAGAUUUGAGUCAGAUUUUCCAAACAUUCUCCCAGUGGUUCUCAGCAGUGGAACACUCAAGCAUGCUUCAGGGCUGGUAUGAGGAGUUUCAAGCUCAGCAGCAGGAUGAGCAAAAGGUAACCGUCCAGAAAUCCUUAGCCUAUGCUGCUCACAGGUUCGAUAGUGCCAGCCGGCCUUUCGCAGUAUGUCUCCUGACUCUGCCCUCCUGCCUCCUCACUGCCAUCAAGGCUGUCAAUGAAAGGCGUGGUACCGCGCAAGCGGAGAGAGCCCGUGCCUUUCUAGAGUUCGUGUCGGGGGUCGAGGGUGCGGAGCGCCUUGUUCUUGCAGGGAUGCUGGCUGACGCCUCUGAUGAGGCACUGCUUCUGAUUCGUGCGAUGGAUCGAGAGGCCUGCGACACCAGCUUGAUGCAUCACGAGGUCCAGCAGUUCCUACGCAGAACAAAGUGGCUAUUCGUGGAUGAGCAGUGCGUCAAUGUAGGUUUCACUCAGUACAUGAUGGAAGCAAUCAAAACCCAGCACGUGUGGUUUGAGAUGAACCACCCUUGCACUAUUGGUCUCCGCAAUGGCCUGUCCGCGGCCGCCUUGCGCAGGUGCCUCCAAAAGAUGGCAUCCUGGGUGGGUGUUAGUGCGAAGGUUGUCGCCACAGAGUUUCCAUCCUUUGACCUGAUGGGGAGUUUCAGGGCAUUGGCUUUGCCAGACUCAGCGGGCAACGACAAUUCACGUGAACAGCACUGCCGUGGCCUUGCGCAGCAACAUGCCGAGGAGGGCCACUGCCUUCUUGACAUCGCCCGUCUUUGCCAAAGUCUCGAUCUUGAUGCAGGUGCCUGCCUGGAGGAGUUCACCAGGCUGGUGGGUAUUGCGCAGGAGCAACGCCGGAGUCGGCAAUGCGGAAACUUCGAAGCAUGGUCCCACGCAGUCGAAGCUACCAAGCGCUCACGCGUCAACUACCCGGUGGAAAACCUGCUGCCGCUGCUGGAAGCAUAUGGUGCGUUUUCCUGCUCAAGUUCGGGUGUGGAGCAGAAUUUCUCUGUCCGGCAGUGGCUUGUUCCCAAGCAGCGGGGUGUCAGCAACCAGCAUGAGCUUGAUCAUCUUCAGAUUGUUGUGGCAGACGUUUCGGAUGAACAGGCUGUCUUCAAGGCUGCUUCUGUCAUCUGGGUGCAACUCUAUGGAAAGCCUCGCCAAACAGGACGGCGCUUGCGUGGCUACUUCAAGGUCGCCAACCCGGAGCAACAGAGUGUCCAGAAGCCAUUGAAGACAUGGCUGAAAAACCGCCGAGAGGAGGUGUCUGCAAUGAUUGCUGGCGCCAAGGCCGAGACGCUCGAUCCAGCCGAUGUUGCCGACGAGGCAAGAGUGAAAGCUGGCCACGAGUGGCUUGCAAAGCAUGACAGAGAAUGUGCAAGGCAGGAGGACCUCUUGUAUGGCAAGGCGCUUGAGGCAGCCAGCAAGAACCAGCUCCUGGCCCAUGAGCUGUCUGAAGACAUCCGAGCGAAUGCAGCCCUUCUAGAGGAAGCGGAAAACCACAAUCGCGCAGCGCGAGACAGGCUUGAGGAUAGGAUGCAAGCUCGCCUGGCUCGACCAGAAUUCAAUCCCUAUGGCAAGACAGUGCACUGUGAGCAUGGCCUGUUCCAGGACGCGGACUUCAACAGGCUGCUGCUGCAGCAUCAUAUGCGUGCCCCCCAUGGUGAUGCGCCCGUGGAUGUAUUUGUUGUCUCCGACCUGGCGCACCCGUGCCCCGCGCUUGCCUGCCUUGCGGGUAUGCAUGGAAGCUUGUUGGCUAGUCCACAGUUUUUCAGAUCGGGGGGCAGUGUGGGCUCAGCCAUUGCCUACACCAAGGCUUUGCAAACAAAAAGAUUUCUUUUCGUGUCCAAUGAUUUCCGCGGCAACCACCCCGACACCUUUGCUUUGCUUCGCAGGGUGAUGCAAGGUGCCGCUUGCAACUGGAAGUUUCUUGAUACAUUGGCAGAUUGGUUACGAAAUCAGGUUCAGCGCCCCAAGCAGGCCCCCACAUAUUGGGCCCUGCUCUCUGAGGCAGAAAAGGCAGAGCACCAUGCGCUGUCGAAUCACAAAUAUGCUCUCACUCAUGACAUGUUUCUUUCAUUGGUUUGCCACGUGGACCACGCCAGGUCCGCCCUGGGAAUUGGCAUUUCUAGUUGA